AUGGCGACGCCGAUCGCGGGCUCCCGGCCCGCCCUCGCCCUAAACGGGCUGAUGGCCGCAGACAGGGGACGCAGGAUAUUGGGAGUGUGUGGCAUGCAUCCGGACCAUCAGGAAGCUCUGAAAAAGAACCGAGUGCUGCUGGCCAAACAGCUGUUGCUGAGUGAACUGUUAGAACAUCUCCUGGAACAAGACAUCAUCACCUUCGAAAUGAGGGAGCACAUUCAGGCCAAAGUGGGCAGUUUCAACCAGAAUGUGGAACUCCUCAAUUUGCUUCCCAAGAGGGGUCCCCGUGCUUUUGAUGCCUUUUGUGAGGCCCUGAGGGAAACCAAGCAGGGUCACCUGGAGGAUCUGUUACUCUCAACCCUCUCUGGUCUUCAGCAAGUACUCUCACCGUUGAGCCGUGACCACGACUUGUGUCUGUCUUUCCCGGUGUGUGAGUCCUAUCCUCCUCACAAGCGGGUCCGCCUUUCUGCAGAUACUGUGGAACACUCCCUGGACAACAGAGAUGGCCCACCCUGCCUUCAGGUGAAGCCUUGUACUCCUGAAUUCUACCGGACACACCACCAGCUGGCCUAUAAGUUGCAGUCUCGGCCGCGUGGGCUGGCACUGGUCCUAAGCAACGUGCACUUCACUGGAGAGAAGGACCUGGACUUACGCUCCGGAGGGGAUGUGGACCACAGCAAUCUAGUCACCCUCUUCAAGCUCCUGGGCUAUACUGUCCAUGUUCUACUUGACCAGACUGCACAGGAAAUGCAAGAGAAACUCCAGAAUUUUGCCCAGUUGUCUGCUCACCGAGUCACUGACUCCUGCAUUGUGGCCCUCCUCUCUCACGGCGUGGAGGGCGGCGUCUUUGGUGUGGACGGCAAGGUGCUUCAGCUGCAGGAGGUGUUUCGGCUCUUUGACAAUGCCAACUGCCCGAGCUUACAGAACAAGCCGAAAAUGUUCUUCAUCCAGGCCUGCCGAGGAGAUGAAACAGAUCGUGGAGUUGACCAGCAAGACGGAAAAGGUCCCGCCCUGUCCCCUGAGUGUGAGGAGGGCGAUGCUGGUAGACAGGAAUUGCUGAAGAUGCGGCUGCCCACUCGCUCAGACAUGAUAUGUGGCUAUGCCUGCCUCAGAGGGACUGCUGCCAUGCGUAACACCAAACGGGGUUCCUGGUACGUCGAGGCCCUCACUCAGAUCUUCUCGGAGAGGGCUUGUGACAUGCACGUGGCCGACAUGCUUGUCAAAGUGAACGGACUUAUCAAGGAGCGCGAAGGCUAUGCCCCUGGCACGGAAUUCCACCGGUGCAAGGAGAUGUCGGAGUACUGUAGCACCCUGUGCCGGCACCUCUAUCUGUUCCCCGGACACCCGCCCACGUGA